AUGGAGCUCCGAAUCCUAAUCCUCACUCUUUCAAACCUACUCGCUACCACCAUGUUCUCUCACCACCACCGGGGAUUGUUGUGCAAGGGCAAGACAUUCAAUUGUUUUGUGGUUCUGUUAUGUAUCUUCUUUUGUGUAUCUGCGUGUGGGCUGUGUUCUACAAAUUUGAGACCAAAUUCGCCAGAAUACGGUGCUUGUGAGUCUUCGGUGAAAAAUUGCAAUUCGGGUUUUUCAGAUGCCGUUGUUGGUGGCGAUGGUUUAGGUUCUGUGUUUCCUCCAAUGCGCAACAGUUUUCAAAAUGUGUGUCCUGAUACACAUUCAAUCCACGCUCCUUCGAGUCUUAAAGCAGCUUCUUUGGGAGGUUCUGGUAAUCAGUGCAAUGGUCCGUUUUGUGUCGGAUUAGCUCAAGCUAGCAAGGCGACGAGUAACAUGAAAGGCUUAUUGCUAUUCCCUCAUAAUGUUAUUCAUGUUGGCGUUAUUUAUUGUAAUAAUCUGCGCACUGAUUUACGUAACAUGUCACCGGAAGUAUCCAACUUGCAAGAGAACUGCAAACUGGUUAUUCUUACGAAUGACACAACUAGUCCCCAGGUUGAGAUUCUGUGUGAAGAUGCACUGAAUAUUUGUUUUGAGCGUCAAAGGCUUUCGUUUGUAGGAAGCAAAGACAACAGCAAACCUGGUGAUUCUGGCAGUACGUCGGCUGAGUAUGCAGUCAGAAACAAGGGAUUGGCACCAAAUGUCAAUGUUACUGAGACCGCAGAUGUAGAUGCAUUAGUUUUUGAAAAUCGGGUGUCUCUGCUUGAAGACGUCGAGGUGGUGUUCCCAAUGGUUGAAGUUGGAAGUUAUGUCUCUAAGUGGAUCACUGUAAAAAAUCCUAGCCGUCAUCCUGUUACCGUGCAGCUUAUCUUGAACACCGAAGAAAUAGUUGAUGAAUGCCGAGGUCCGGAUGAUAUAAUACAAAACUUUUCAGCUGCUAAUUUAGUCAUAGAUGAAGUUAUUUCUGCUGCGAAGUAUGGAUUCUCAGUGACAGAGAGUGCAGUAACAGAGGCAUAUGUGCACCCAUAUGAUUAUGCAACCCUAGGGCCGAUAACAUUUUAUCCAUCCAAGCGAUGUAGAUGGAAUGGUUCAGCGUUGAUUAGAAACAAUCUCACCGGGAUAGAGUCGAUACCUUUAAGGGGCACUGGAGGGCUGCGUUCCCUAGCUUUACUCGAGAGGUCUGAGCAUGUUCAGAGUAUUAAUUUUGAUCUUCAAAUGCACAAUCUCCUCAGUUUCUCGCUUUUGUAUUCCUUACUUCACAUGAAAGACAUGAUUUCUGUCUGCUCACAGCCUUUCGUGAAUGAGAUAUAUGCGAAGAACACAGGGGACUUGCCAUUGGAGGUGAAAACAAUGAGAGUUUCUGGGAGAGAAUGUGGGUUGGACGGUUUUAAGAUACAAGAUUGUAAAGGUUUUUCUCUUAAUCCCGGAGAGUCAAUAAAGCUUCUGAUAUCAUACCAAACCGAUUUCUCUGCAGCAACGGUACAUCGAAAUCUUGAACUUGCUUUGGCUUCUGGCAUUUUUCUAAUUCCAAUGAAGGCGAGUGUCCCUUAUGACGUUCUAUGCAACUGUAAGAAGUUCUUGUUUUGGGCACGAGUGAAAAAAUGGUUGCUCGGAUUCAUACUCUUCGCAUCUUUAUUUUUCAUGGUGUCGUUGGAUUACUUGUGCAAGAAUGAUAGUAACUCCAUGCACAUCACCUUACAACAUCCCGGGAAAACCCCGCUAGUACUACCUUGUAAUCAGAGAAAGGAUAAGUUAUCAUCCAUGUCUGGUAAAAUGACUAAUAUGGUUUGCUCGGGUGGAAAAGGCACAACCUCUUCGGUUCGCGCCACCUGUGUCAAAUAUUCAUACGGUACCUCUGACCAGGAUUCAGAAAACCAUAAACAGUUUAGUCUUUUGUUGGACAGUCAAAAGGAAGGAAAGUCACAAACGCCGACAACUACAGUUCAGAGCUCUGAAAUUAAAAUCAAAACAGGAAAAGAAAAAGGUCGGCGAAAGAAGAAGAAUAACAAGAGUUUAGGUGCAAAGUUAACUGCAGUAUCUGAAGUUUCAAGCAGUCGAAGCGGAAAUUCUACACCCUCAUCACCCUUGUCCCCGAUCACCCCAGCGCCAACAAAAUCUAUCUGGCCAUUGUCUCCAAAUGUAGAGCAACAUCAUAAAAAAUUUCAACCGUCUGCAUCCAAGACAAAUACAUUGGAGAAGCAUAGGGUUCCGGUAAAUUCCCUUAGUGAGAAUGUUUCUUCUCGUAAAGUUUCACAUUCACCUUCAUCAAGUAAUGCUAGUACGCCCCUUAAGAUGUUUUGUCCCGCUUCUCCUCCCAUGCCGGCUAUACCUUCUCCGUCGUCGUUGGUUUCAACAUCUAGUAUUAGCUUAAGUUUGCGAGCUCCGGGAUCGACACUCGACAAGCAAAUGACUCUUUUAGCACCAAAAGUGGUAGGAGUUGAAGAAGAGUAUACAUAUGAUAUAUGGGGUGGACAUCUUUCAGGGCUUCAUUUGUUACUUCCAAAAGAUGUUACUUGCAUGAAAUCUAGUCCUGAUGGAAAAAACUUCAGUAGCUUCUUUGUUGGGGAGCCACAGUCAAUAAAAUAA